CAGCCGGUGCUCUGCCCGAGCUGGGAACGGGCUCUGCAGCACCCCUUGCUGCCUUCCCAGGGUGGGAGUGUGCAGGUCAGGAUGAGGCCUCUGCUCUGGGCUGCCUACAGCCAGCUGCUGCCCCGGGGAGCUGGGCUCUGCUCUCCCAAACCAGCUGUGACCGCUAUGGUGACCGCCUCACACCACAGCCUGCGGCCCCCGGCCCUUCUGGCCACCUCCAGCUCCGCAGCCAGUGUGCCUGCAGGCUUCCUCCAGGCCCUGGUCCCAGGGAGCAGAGCCCCCAGCUGCUGGAGCUCACGGUUCAACGUGCCCCCCAGUGCCCUGCUCGUGGCCCGGCCCGUGGGGGUCUGCUCCAUGAUGAGGCUUCCCCUGCAGGCAUCAGCGGAGGGGCUGGACGUGGCGUUUGUGGGUGUUCCGCUGGACACGGGCACGUCCAACCGGCCGGGAGCCAGGUUCGGCCCGCGCCAGAUCCGCGCCGAGUCCGCCAUGGUGCGGAGGUACAACGGCAGCACCGGCGCGGCACCGUUCGACUCCCUGCGGGUGGCCGACAUCGGGGACGUGAACGUGAACCUCUACAACCUGCCCGACAGCUGCCGCCUCAUCCGCGAGUCCUACCAGGAGAUCGUGGCCUUGGGCUGCGUGCCCCUCACCUUGGGUGGAGAUCACACCAUAACAUAUCCAAUCCUGCAGGCCCUGGCGGCAAAGCACGGUCCCCUGGGGCUGGUGCACGUGGAUGCCCACACGGACACCGGAGACACGGCUCUGGGGGAGCGCAUCUACCACGGGAGCCCGUUCCGGCGCUGCGUGGAGGAACGGCUGCUGGACUGCGGCCGCGUGGUGCAGAUCGGCAUCCGAGGCUCUUCCUACGACCCCGAUCCCCACAAGUACUGCCGGGAGCAGGGUUUCCGGGUGGUCCCGGUUGAGGAAUGCUGGAUGAAGUCCCUGGAGCCUCUGAUGAGGGAGGUGAGGGCGCAGAUGGGGGACAAGCCCAUGUACAUCAGCUUUGAUAUCGAUGGGCUGGACCCCGCGUACGCCCCGGGCACCGGCACCCCGGAGAUAGCCGGGCUCACACCUGCGCAGGCUUUGGAGAUUAUUCGUGGCUGCAAAGGCCUGAACAUAGUGGGGUGUGACCUCGUGGAAGUGGCACCAAUGUACGAUGUCUCUGGCAAUACAGCCCUCCUGGGGGCAAAUCUACUGUUUGAGAUGCUGUGUGUCCUCCCAGGAGUGAAGACACUGUGAGGGCAAUUCCCACCUGCCCUGGGGCAAUGCUACUCCGUGUCCUCAGCCAGGCUUUCCAUGUCCCCUUCCUUCAGCCACCUGCAGCCAGCAUGGGCUUUGCACCAUGAAAUAAAUGCCAUUUACCACUAGAAAAGGUACUUUUAGGCUGGGAAAAUGUAGGGAACAGGCUAGACACCCCUUUUAACUGGGGUCUGGAGCUUUGGAGUUGGCCUGGGAAAGGGACAGAUGAGGCUAAUGCCAUUUUGCCUCUGGAAUGAUUCAUUCAGCUCACAGGGCUCCUGGGAAAACUGUCACUGAUAAAAGGUUUGUCCCAUUAGGAUGUCACAGCAGGACAAUGAAUGUAGAAGAAGGGAGGACAUGAAGGAGGCCUGAGCCUCCUGCUGAGCAGGGAGAUAAUUUGACUGGAUUUCCUGCUGGUGGAAUAAUCAGAAGUUUCCUAUGGAAGGAACAGUUUAAUGCUCCUGAAAUUUCUGAGAGGACAUGGAGGUGAGGUUAGUUUGUACAUGGAGACACAGAGCC